UUUUCAACCUCUCGAAUGGCUCACCCCAAUCUGAAACAACCGACGAACCAAUCCCCCUUCACCGGUCCCACUCACGCCCGAUCACUGUCCCAGCCCGUUUCCUUUGCCAACAACUGCCUUCCUCCGCUGAGCCCUUUGCCGCCAACCGAGUCCUCCAUCGUCUCCUCCAACAACUCCAACCCUAGAGAUUUGUUCAUGGACGACAUGGACGUCAGCUCACGGGACUCGCCAGCUGUCGCUCCCAAUUUCCCCUUCCAGACACCCAACGUCCUUCCCCCUCGCCGGGGGCACCGCCGAUCGAGCAGCGACAGCAUCCCUUUGGAACUUUCCAGAAAUAGCCAGCCGGUCGAGCUGAGGAUGAAGGAAACUGGCUGCCACGUGAAGUCGGAAGGUGAGGUUGUGGAUGAGCUGGUCAACUCGCUGAUGAGUUUGGACCACCUGUCUAGCCCGAGCCCAGGAGAUAAUAUGAGCGGGGUUAUGAUUGGAAGUAUGAAUCAGGUCCUGCCGCUGGCCAGGCAUUGCCGGAGCCUCUCGAUGGACAGUGGUGUGGGGAAGUUCGGUUUGGGGGACGAUUCGGGGAUUUUCCCAGCGCUCGAUUGUGGUCGGGAGGCGAGUCAGCUCUCACCUGGGUUGGAGUUUGGGCGUGGGGAGUUUAGUGAGGCCGAUCUGAAGAAGAUAAUGACGGACGAGAGGCUGGCGGAGAUUGCUGUCUCGGAUCCUAAACGGGCGAAGAGGAUCUUGGCAAAUAGGCAGUCAGCUGCUAGGUCCAAGGAGCGGAAGGUGAGGUACAUAUCGGAGUUGGAACACAAGGUGCAGACUUUGCAAACAGAGGCUACUACACUAUCUGCUCAAGUUACUAUUCUACAGAAAGAAUAUGCUGAGUUAACCAGUCAGAAUAAUGAGUUGAAAUUCCGUGUUCAAGCUAUGGAACAACAAGCACAUAUCAGGGAUGCUUUGCAUGAGUCGUUGACUGCGGAAGUUCAACACUUAAAGCUCAGAGAAGAACGAAGAACAUCAAAUGGAAUGGGGCAUCAAAUGAAUAUGAAACAUCACGUUUUUCAAAUUGCGCCCAAUCAAAUACAGCAAAUAGCUCGUCUUUUCGUCUUCCUCUCGAAAUCCGAGCUCCCGCCGGUUAAUCGUCUCGCAACCCUUUUCCUCUGCGCAUACAGGCUGCUGGCUACCGCGGUUGAGUUGAGUUGGAGGGAGAUGGAGGAAGAGAAGAAGGUGGAGGAGGUCCAGGGUGGGGAGUUACUAUUCUGCGGCACGACGGCGUGGGAUGCAAUGGGCCGCCGGAGGACGGCGCCGGAGGAAAACCUGGUUUCUCCGACGAGGAUACGCCCUCUCAUGGGAAUUGACAUUCGCUUUGUCGCCUCUGGUUGCGUGUCUUGUCACUGUGUGGCACUGGAUGUUGAUGGGCGUUGUUACACAUGGGGGCGCAAUGAGGCACGUUGGAUACUUGUAGUCAAAAUUUCAGUACUUGUUGAUUGUAAGGGGCAGCUUGGUCAUGGGGACAGAGCUCAGCGGGAUAGGCCGACAAUUGUUUCAGAAUUGUCUCAGUAUAAAGUUGUUAGAGCAGGGGCUGGCAGGAGUCAUUCUGUGGUAGUGACUGAAGAUGGGUUCUCUUUUGCUUUUGGAUGGAAUAAGCAUGGGCAACUCGGGUCAGGUUCUGCAAAAAAUGAAGUUGAAUCAUCUCCAGUUAGUUGUCAAGUCUCUGAUGUAAAAUCGGCUGUUUGUGGGGGUGAUUUUACUGUGUGGUUGACUUCUGUUGAAGGAUCUUCUAUACUGACUGCUGGUCUUCCACAGUAUGGUCAGCUUGGGCAUGGGACCGAUAAUGAGUAUAACACCAAGGACAGCUCUGUAAAGCUUGCUUAUGAGGCUCAAUCUCGCCCAAAGGCUAUAGCUUCUCUUGCUGGAGAGACUAUAGUAAAAGUUGCUUGUGGAACUAAUCAUACAGUGGCUGUUGAUAAGAAUGGACAUGUUUACACGUGGGGCUUUGGUGGUUAUGGAAGGCUCGGACACAGAGAACAGAAGGAUGAAUGGGUUCCACGCUUGGUUGAUGUUUUCACUAGGCAUAAUGUCUUGCCCCCUGAUGCAGUUGUUUCAGCGGGUUCUGCCAAUUCUGCAUGUACAGCUGAAUGUAAUCUUAACCUGAUUUUACGCACAGUUUCUUUGAGCGCCUUAGCUGUCUUAGAUGUCGCCUUUGUUGAAUCUACUGGUGCUUUUGCAGGAGGUGGACAGCUUUAUAUGUGGGGCAAGAUAAAGAACAGUGGUGAUGAUUGGAUGUACCCCAAGCCUCUCAUGGAUUUGAGUGGCUGGCAUCUGCGCUGCAUGGAUUCAGGCAAUGCGCACCAUUUUGUCGGUGCCGAUUCUUCAUGUAUAAGCUGGGGCCACGCUCAAUCUGGGGAAUUGGGAUAUGGACCUAAUGGACAGAAAUCAUCUGCAAUUCCAAAGAAAGUUGACAUCCUUGAGGGCAUGCAUGUUAUCAGUGUUGCCUGUGGACUUGCCCUUUCCUUGGUGGUGGUUGAUAGAACAAAGAAUGCUAAGCAACUUGAAGAGCUUGAGGUGUAUGAUGGCAAAGCUGCUGCUGAAGUUACCCAAGCACUCGAUGAGAAACCUGCUGCUGCUGCAAAAAGGACUCCCACCAAAAAGCCUCAAAAUGCCAACAAGAGGAAGAAAGGAGGAGAGAGUAGUUCGGAGGAUGAGGCAAACAGCGAAUACGAAAGUGAAGAAAGUGAUGAGAUGCUUAACGGUUAUGGAAAGGGCGGGAAAUCAACUGGUAAAGGGAGGGCCCAAAGUACUGGGAAAAAGGGCAGUGGUCGUGGGAGGGGCAGGCCACCGUCAGGGACGAAAAGCACGGAAGCUUCUGGAGGAAAAGGAACGGGCAAGAGGGGAAGACCUAAAAAGUCGUGAACUUGGUUCAUGUUAUUAUUAUUUACUUUAUUUCCCAUGUUUAUUUUCUUUUUAGUUGAUGAAAUUCGUAAAAUGACUUUGCAUUCUUCAGUGUUUUUUUUUUCUCUGAUUUUCUUGGGUGCGUAAAUUGACGUCCGGAUUUUAGUUUCAGUAGACUUUUACGUGGGAGGAGAGGUCUUGUACUUUGGAAUAUGAGUGGCCAUUAAUGUAUCCGACUAUUUUGCUUAGCGAGAAUGGUAAAAAAAGGGAAAAAAAAUGAGAAAGACACAGAAAAUUUUAGAGCAU